AUGCCUCUCCAUUCGAGCUUCACAUACAAUGCCUUACCCUCAGAUGAGGCACUCGGUGGAUCAGCUAGCGGUAAUGAUGAGAAGGAAGAGUCUCAGUCGCUAAGUCAAGGGCGAACGAGGACCAUAGAGGUGGUUUCGAUCGUCAUUACAGGCCUUAACAUCGUCAUACUGUUCAUAUCGGCAACGCUCUUUACAAAGUGGUUCCACGGCCAACACCUCUUGCGCAAUAGCGAGUAUCGUCGGGUUGCGCCAUACAGCCCAAUCUUCGAAGACUUCGAUCUGAACCCCAUAGCAAAGAAGAUCAACGGAUCGUUCUCAGAGUUGCUAUCAGUCAGUUCAGUCAGUCCGGAGCUCUCUGGACUGACUGAACUGACGUCCUGA